AUGGUUAAGAGACAUUGCUUGUUAGACUUAGAGAUUGAAGUACUCUUGGACAACAUCUCAGAACUUGAUGAUCUUUCGGGCAACAUCGGCAAUUUUUCAGAAAAUGAAGAUGAUUCACAUGAAUUGGAAACCUGUGCUGCUGAUAGAAACGAUAGUAAUGAGUAUGAAGAAGCUAAUGCACAAGUUUCCAUUAGGUUAGUAAACACACAAUGCUGGCCGCAUAAAUUAAAUUUGGUUGGCAAUGUGUGGGCUGUGGAACUUUGUGAUUUGAACCAUUGUGUUUUGCAGGAAAAACACAUCUUCCUUAAUACCCGAAAGAGAAAGCAUGCAUACAUUCAGUUCUUAGCUCAGAAAUACGGAGGUGUACCCACAGAAGCUAAACUUUUCCCUAUUCCUGUCAUCACCAGGUGGAACUCGUGGUUUGAAAGUGUCGAGUACCUUGGAGAAUAUCUCUGUGAUAUAGUGGAAUUUGUUGAAACUGUUGAAGAGUAUGGACUUUUUGUGGAAGCUGCAGUGAAGACUUUGUGGAGCCCAGCCAGUAAUGUUGAUAGUGAGGGAUCAUUUUCUAGAUAUUGCAAUGUAAUGUCUGACAGGAGAACAGCUCUGACCUCCAGUAAUAUGGAAGUCAUGGUAUCCUUGUCCUUCUCAGGCUGA